UUGAAAAUUCAUACAAUUGUGAAACUUAUUUACUUUUAUUAAAUACCUACAAAAUGUCAGAAAACCAAAUUAAUUCAUCCGAAAUUAAAUUUAAAUUACUAAAAGAACUUAAUGAGCCGUCAGAUCCAAAUUUAGCCAUUGAUGAAUUACGUACAUUAAUUAAAGGUGAUAUUUUAUUGAAAUCAAGAAUGGAUGAUGCAUUUAUGCUUAAAUUUUUAAGAGCUAGAAAAUUUCAAGUAAACAAAGCAUUUAAAUUGGUUCAAAAUUAUUUUGAAGCAAAAGAAAAGAAUCCGAAAUUAUUCAAUUUAACUGUUCCAUCCAAUUAUAUUCUUUUUUUGGAAAGCGGGACAGUUUUUAUGUUACCUCACAGGGAUCAGCACGGACGAGAAAUAUAUGUUUUUAGAAUGGAAAAGGUUUUGUCUGGAAUGAGCAUAGAAGAUGUUUUUAAGAUAAACUUGAUGAUUUUGGAAGUCAUAUCUGAACAUCCAAAAACUCAACUUGCUGGUAUGGUUGCAAUUGCUGAUUUUACAGGAUUUAAGUGGCUGAAACAUUAUCAAUAUUUAUCACCUUAUUAUGCUAAAAAGUCUGCUGAAGUUGUGCAAGAUAGCUUCCCAUUAAGGUUUCAAGGAUUUCAUUUUAUCAAUGAACCAUUAUACUUAUACACUGUAUAUUCAAUCAUUAAACCAUUUUUGAAAGAAAAAUUACGCUGUCGGGUUCAUUUUCACGGAAAUAAUUUCAAUUCCUUACAUAAAUAUAUAGCACCAAAUAUUUUGCCAACAUAUUAUGGUGGCAAUUUAGAAUUUGAUCCGAUAACUUGGGUACAACAACUCUUGAGGAAAGAACAGUAUCUUAAAGAUCUAGCGCAAUAUGGAUACAACAGAUGAUCAAUGCAAUUAUGCUCAAAAAUUAUAUUGUAGUAGCCUACCUACUAUUAUUAUAUUUAAAUAUUAUUAUUAUGGAUGAGAAGUUAUAGGAGAUAAAAUUGGCAAAAUAUUCACAAAAAAAAAAAACAAAAAUAUGCAUAGGUGAAAAUUUGUUUUAUAUUAUUAUAAUAUAAAAUAUUUAUUAUUUUUAUUUAAUUACAAUGAUUAUAAUUUAUUAAAUUA